AAAACAGAAAAAAAAUCUUUCUUGAGGAACGUUAUGGAACAUCGGGACAGAUACAUGGCUGAAAAAAUUAUGUGAACUUCAAAAAGGUGUCAAUCCCGAGACUCUGUAACUCCCAUUAAAACCUCCAAGGUCUGUUUAGCUAACUCCGCCCUUCAUCAGCACAGUACAGGAGGUUAGGUUUCAUCUAACUCUCCGUCAAAAGGGGUUAAAAAUGGGGGCGUGGCUGCUUUAACUGGCACACCGGAUGGUACAAACAGAUGCAGCCAAUAGGUAGGCGAUCAUAACAUCACUCGGGCCAAGAGAGGACUGGACGAUGUUAUGAAACAAUAGAUGGCUACAUCCAUCUUUAAUAUACAAGCUAUGAGAGAAGCAAACUGUUCAAGCCUAUCCUAGCAGUCAUCAGUCUAUUGCGGGGCCAGACAAUCGAAACAGACAACCAUUUCUGCUCAUAUUCACACCCACGGUCAAUUUAGCGUAUCCCCACGCUUGUGUUUUGACUGUGGGAGGAACCUAGAUAACCACAGUCAAACUAGGCCCAGCAAUGAAUUUGUCUUCUGUGCUGUGGUCCAUUCUGGGUCUAUGAACAAAUAUCAGAAAUUGUUCUUUGGUCCCAGUUUGGAUUUGUGUUUGCCUGAGAGCAGCAGAUUCUGGUGGAAACAGCCCCAGCCUUCCAGUUAUUAAUAACAGGUACUGGAAUAUCCACUAAAACCCCACAAUAUCAUGACAGAAGCGCGGGGAAAGGUUAGGUGAAUAUCCAGACCUUUCCCUCAGGAGUUGGCGAAGACAAAGGGUCUUCGGCAACUCUGGGUCCUCCUGGAUGUGUUUGAAAAUGGUGACUUAGUCAAUGUUUUGUCAACGAUGUCUCCAUGUAGUCAAAAAUGAUUAUGUACUACUUUAAAAACAGUAAAAAUAAUAAGUCUUACAGCAGAGGUUUUGUGGUGAAAGUUGUGUUGAUUUUCAGUAGUCGUAAAAGGAUAACACUGGGGAGUGAACACACAGAUGGAAAUCAUUAAAAUUCAGAAACAGGAUAUCAGGACUUAAUAUCUGCUUCCUAUAAGGUUUGGUCCAAAAAUAGCAACUGUGGGCUCCCUAAAUCCUCAGUUGUUACACUCUUGGGCCGAUAAUGGAGACCAUGUGACCUUGGGCCUGACUCUGUGUGCAAAUAGACAUUUUUUACUAUCAAGCUUUCUUUAGUCCACCAGGAAGAUGUGACGGCCUGUUGCAGCAGCAGUUUAACAAAGAGGCAGAUAACAAGAACGUCUGUCAACCAUCAGCCUGGCAGAUGAGUGGCAGAGGCAGGAAAGGCUCAUUCCUUCCCAUCUGUGACGCACCAAUAUCAGGAGUGUAUCUGCGGGUCACACAAAGAAGCUCAGGAAUGAAGGACAGUUGUGUAGUGAGACGAGGGUUCAGGUGACGAACUGAGCAGUUGUUCGGAUCUGAUUGGAAGCCAGCGUGAAUCGUUGCUAACUAGUGUCAUCAGAGUCUCUCACGGCUUAGCUGUUUGUUUGCUUCACACGCACUGUAGCGUGUAGCAUGUGCCAAUACAUUGGACGAGGCCUCGGACGCCUGCUUCAUUAGUCACCCAGUUUCCACUGCCAUCACCUUUGACUUGUUCCUGUUAUUCUAAUUGAGAGGAAUGCCUUGCAAGCUGGUGCCCCAGAUGAAAUGUCGUGAGCGUGCCUCACCUAUUCUUGAUUUCAGUUAACCCCUUUUCAGACACACUGCUGCUCUUCUCAGAGGAGGAAGUAACUUUCAGCAAGCGUUACACAAGUGUGGAAGUGGCUGAACGAACGGGAAUGAGGAUUUUGUACUGCUCUGUCAUUCUCACGAGCUACUUGAAAUGUUGUCAAGACCCAAAGUGAACUCAGUAGCUUUUACGCUCUAUCAUUAAGGCCUCACACCUCAUUGCAUUUCAAUUUCAUUUGUGCCACCGUUGCCUAAUAGAUGCAUCCUGUUGCACUGAACGAUAUCAACAGACCUGUGGUGUAUUUUGUCCAAAAAAAAGAGAAAUGGUCAAUGGAGCCUAGGCAGCAGCUCGCAAGAAUCCACCAUUUACAAAGCAAAUAAACAAGUGCAGAAUAUCAACUCUGGAGCACCCACCCAAACAAAAUAGCUCUUCCACAAGGAAGAGGCUACAGGACAGUGUUUACAAAAUCCUCAUUAAGGAAGUUGUGAGAUAACACGGUCAUGUGCAUCUCACAAAGUUGAAGGGAAAGCAGGCACGCAUACACACAUACACACACACACACCAACUAAGAGACCAUACGCACAGAAGCAAUGCAGAGCCCACCAUAGCAUAGAUAAGGGACAGAAAGAAAGAGCUGGCAACAGAGAGCAGAGCACAGAGGGAGACUGACAGAGCAGAGGACACAACAGAGAUGAGUCGGACGGACAAAGACGAGCCUCGGCCACCCUGCCACCGGAACUACAGCGGCGUCGCAAAGGACAUCAAAAGGUGUGCGUGAGAAUAAAUGCUGUGAGGUCUGGAAGACAGCAUCAGGAAUACACACGCAGAGAGGCUCACACUGGCCUGUGCAAGGGCCACCAACACUUUUCAGCUGAAAGAACUUUUUAGCCUACAGAUAAACUGAUCUUUACCUAAAUUAACCUCUGAAUUAGAGAUCUUUUUUUUUUCUUUUUUUGCAUGAACUCAUCCAAAGACAACCCUAGAGGGCAUAAAUUAAAUUGCUGCAGAUUAUUUCUCCCAUGGCGAGCACUUGGGUCUCUCAACUGGGAACCAUUUGCACCUCCAAGACCUUGUUCUUGACAUACUCCAUCCUGCUGCUUCAGGGGCCCCUCUGUGGAGAGACUAGCCCCAUCUCCAGUGCCCGUCAGAGACAGCGUCCCGCUCCAGGGCUCGGAGACGGGCAUGGAGGGGUUGUGGAUUUAUCGUUGCUGGAGCAGGACGGCAACAAGGAUGUGCAAAACCUGCUGGAGAACCUAAAAGAACAGUUUCUGCGUACUUUCAACCUCUCUGGCAUGGGUCCUCCUUCCUUAGCUCCUGGAAGUACACGACAGGAGCCACCUGAAUACAUGAUGGAGCUCUACAACCGCUUUGCUAAUGACCACAGUGCCAUGCCCACGGCAAAUAUCAUCCGCAGCUUCAAAAACGAAGAUUCCUCUCCCAGUGCUGUUGGUGUGGGAGGAGUGAGGCGCCACCCUCUCCUCUUCAAUGUGUCAGUCCCACAUCAUGAACGCAUCACAGCUUCUGAGCUUCGCCUCUACACCCUAGUCCAGACCGAUCGCCACCUCUAUGCUGGUGUCGAUCGCCGGGUAACUAUCUACGAGCUGGUAUCGCAUGACGAUAACGAGACGGAUGCGAACGCUGCCAGAGGAGACGCAUUCAGCGGAGGAGAGGAGCGGAUAGAGUUGGUGGAACUGGCUUCACGCCAGGUCUACGGCACCGAUAACGGCUGGGAGGCAUUUGACCUCACUGCUGCUGUACAGCGCUGGCAUGGAUCUGACGAUGGAACCACACACAGGUUGGAGGUGCAUAUUGCCAGCAUCGCCGAUGAUGGUAAUGUUCAAGACGUGACAGAAGCCAACAAAGACAGCACUCUGCCUCAAGGGGACAUGAAGAUUGACACGAGCCCAGAGAAAAAACACAAACCCCUGCUAAUUGUUUUCUCCGAUGAUCAGAGCAGCGAUCACCGCGAUGACAGGCGGGAACUGAAUGAGAUGAUCGACCACGAAACCUCUAACAUGGUCGUGCAGAAUGACUUUGGGACUUGGGGGAGUGAAGAAAGUGAGCCAGAUGAGGAAGACCUAAUCCAAAUGCGCUCCAAUCUCAUCUAUGACUCGGCUUCUCGCAUUCGCCGCAACGCCAAGGGAAACCACUGCAAGAAGCAGUCUCUGUACGUAGAGUUCAAGGACAUUGGAUGGGACAGUUGGAUCCUUGCCCCCACUGGUUAUGAUGCCUUUGAGUGCAGUGGAAUUUGUUCCUACCCACUGACAAAGCACGUCACACCCACCAAGCACGCCAUCGUCCAGACACUGGUCAACAUCAACAGCCCUCAGAAGGCAGCACGAGCGUGCUGUGUGCCCACCAAGCUGGACCCCAUCUCCCUGCUGUACCUGGACGACACGGGGGUGGUCACCUACAAGUACAAGUAUGAAGGCAUGGUGGUGGCCGAGUGUGGCUGCAGAUAAUCUGGACUAUCUUAGAAAGUCUACUGAAAGUCUUACGAUAAGAGGAAGGACAAAAUAACUAAAGAGAGGGAGAUGAACUGAGAAUGCAGAUUCCUACAGUCUCUAUAAGGGUUCCUCAGCAGGACUGAAUGUGUUCAGUCACUAUGCAUGAAACUAUAAGAACUCUCAAAUGUGCAGCAAAUAUAAUAUCUUGUACCACGAGACACAUUAUUUCAUCUUAUACAGCAAAGGUGAAUAUGGACGUUGUUGUCAAUAACGAUGCACGUCCUCAUACACGUAAGACUAGAAAGUCUCAAGAUUUCCCAAAGAACCAAGCCCAUCCUGCAGCCUGGUGGGAACUAGUGGGCCCGCUGCCCCCCUCCCUCUCCCCUUUCCCCUGACAUCUGCCUUCCUCUCCACUUAUCUCUAGCCUCCCCACUUGAUGCAAACACUAAUCAGCACUUCAUGUGCCUCGGCGCAGUGAAAUGACCUCCCCGAGGCAACCUGACAAGGCAUGAACUCUCCAGGCCCACCGCCUGCCUCCUGUGGCCUCCUGAUACGUGGGUACUGUGCUGAGGUCCCAGUGUCAGGGUUAUCAAUCCUAACCCCAUUUCCCACUUCACAUGCCUCUUUUCCACUCCCCCGAGCCUCAGUGAUAACAAGGUGUUGUUGGUUGAGAACCAUGUAUGCCACCACUCAGCUUCGGAGAACUUAAAGCCGCUGUGAGAAGCUUUUGAGGUGAUGCUUCGGGGGGAGUGAGGCAGGGGUGGGCCACAUUCCUAGGCAACAAACAUUCUUAACUAGCUUGUCUUGCUGACCUAGCACUGUGUGGACCCCCCUCCACCCACCCACCCACAGACACACAAACUGGACAUAUCUCCAACUCCUUUGUUUUUCCCACUUUGAUGGUAAAUGUCUUGGUUGGAACAUUACUGUGGAGUGGGGAAGCAGCUACACAUCAUCCAUAGAUGGAUUCCCAAAGAAGAUCAUUAUUUUCUUUUGUUAAAGGCCUUUUGAUACCUCUGCUGCUUGUGUCAAAUAAAAGACUAUUUAUUGUUCUAAUUUAUUGAUUUUUAUAACAGAGUAGAAAACUAUAUAUGUAUAACUGUAAGUCAGCAUAGAGACGUUUUUUGCAACCAUGACAAUGCAUUUGCAGCACAAGUGAAUUUUGUUGGGAAGAGAAAUGCUAACAGUUUCUGAAAGAAUAAAGAAUAAUUAUUAAAAACAAAUCCUGAAUGAAUCGUGUGCCUGAAUCACUGAUCCCUGCAGUUUCACCAAACUUGCACAUCACCCGGGCCAACAGUAUCAGCUUGCAGGUCACAGUUCGUGCACCACAAGCAAACAAAGAACCAUGGGAAAAUAAGUUGUGGCCCCGCUAAUGAUUAAAACGGACGAGCUGCUGCUCGCACUGACAGGUCGCAGGCCGCAGAUAGCAAUGAUGGAAAACCUGUUCAUAAAAAGCAAAAACAAACAAAAAAAAGCAAAGAAAUCUCUUUCUGCUGCUGCUGCAGAGGUUUCUGUGAAUGUCUGUGGGAUUGCAAUCGCAAGACUGGCUGUGAUGUUGUUUUCACGCACCAAUGCACACUGAAGAUUUAAAUAAAAGAUGCAGUUCAGACCUGAAAUGCUGAACUCUUUCUGUUCUUUCUGAUUUGUUAAUCAUGUGGAUCACAAUAAAGUUCUAUGAAAGGCACUUGUGCUCAGUUUGGGUAAAUGAUAGUGCUGUGCGAUAUUACUCAUUUUUGGUAUCUGAUUCCAAGUAAACACAGGGCCAGUCUUGCUGGUACUGAUACUUUUGACUUAUAAAGGCAGCUUUUGUAGGGGAGAUCAGUGUGUCAUGGGUUACAACUUUGCAAAUUCUGAGCACAUUUUAAUGGCCGCUCCAAACACAUUUCAGCUUUUCAUGUAUUUUGAAACUGGUUUUUUUGGAGACCUUUAAUGCAAAUGUGUCUGUCUAUAAAGCUCUUUGGAUACAUUUCUGUUUUUUGAACAUAUUACAAGUUAUUUUAAAAAAGUAGACGUGACAGUCAACACAAAACGGUUCAAAGAGCAUGUUUGAGGCAUAUUUUUUCGUGGACUACACAGAGGAUUGAAACAAAGUAUCGAUCCUGUCGCAGUAGUAUCAAUCCACCACAACUAAUGAUAUAGAGACUAUCGAUAUUUGCAUCAAUCCGCCCACCUCUAGUAAAUAAAACUGCUAAAGCUGCAGGAAAUUAGGUCAAAGAUGAAAUAUGGAGACUUAAAUGUGUGAAGUGAACUAUAGAAAGCUAGGAAAAGAUUGGAGUCUGGUAGCAGGCAAGCGACUAUAAAAUAAACGUAUAGUCACAAAUGAAUAUUAAGAAAACGCACACACAACCUGUUUGUAUGCUCUGUUAAAGGCCAAGCUAACUGUAGGCUAGCUGCCUGCACACUUGGUACAAAACCCAAUGAUUCUGAUCACAAAUACAGCAAAUAAAUGUGAGAAGUGUAAUGUUUAAAAUGCAUCUUUUGAAAUCAUAGCAUAGCUAAAUUAUUACAGUCCUAUCGUUUUGCAAUCCUUCCGCUGCCUUUCAGAAUGUCGUAUUUACA